AUGUCUCCUGUGCUUCUCUCAGCAGACACGAAUGGGAUCUUUAUUGCCAUCUUCACCUUCACCUUCCUCCUCCUCUUCCUCCUCUCAGUCUUCUUCAUUUACAAGUACACCCGAUGUGUUCCUACUCCUCCAAGAAACCAGAAGAAGUGGGGACAGGCUGAAAGAUCCCAGACUUCCAAUGCUGAAGAAGCCCAUGGAGUGACCUAUGCUGAGAUAGACACCAGAGCCCUAAGCCAGAGCGCUUCCGACGUUACAAGGCAGCCGCUUGACACCUGUGUGUACUCGACGGUGAAGGCCUAG